AUGGCAGGUGGUAGUCGUAAUGGUGGUGGUAACAAUAGUAGCGGUGAUAGUGGUAAACGCUACCAGGAAUUAAUCUGCCUGUAUGUGGCUCUCUGUCUGUUUGUCAUAAACUUUUUCUUCCUGAUCAAACAUUUCAGAGUAGACAAUUUGUAUUUCAUUGCUAUAUCUUCUAUAUUUGGCAUCUUGACAGCCGAUUUUCUCAGUGGUCUCGUACAUUGGUCUGCAGACACCUGGGGUAGCGUUGAUCUACCUGUGAUUGGGAAGGCCUUUAUCCGCCCAUUUCGUGAACAUCACAUUGAUCCUACAUCGAUCACCAGGCAUGACUUUAUCGAGACCAAUGGAGACACAUUUGCCGUCACAAUUCCGUUCAUGCUCCACAUGUCUUUUAAGUUCACUCAUUUCACCUACGACCAAAUUAGGGACACAUACAACUGGGAGUGCUAUAUAUUCUUACUAGCUGUGUUUGUUAGCAUGACAAAUCAGGUAGGUUGGUAUUGGUGUUGGUCACGCAAUGCUGCCAACGCCAUUUUUUUCUUUUUCUUUCCUUUCAUUUUUUUUUUCUUAUUCGUGUAGGAAGUGUUAUGAUUUAUGAGAGUGAGGCAUGGAUAAUGAAUUGAAUAUUAAUAAUCUUAAAUUGUGAUUGUGAAGGCAUGUGACCUGGUGGGUUAUAAGUUGUUGCGCUAAUGAUCGCAAGAUUGUGUGUUCAAUUCUCAGACUGUGCAGUGUGUCGUGUUCUUGAGCAAGACACUUCAUUUCACAUUGUUCCAGUCUCCCCUUUGAUCAGGGGUCACUGUUGGCCUACUUUCCUAACCAGUGGGAUGGCAUCAUUUGUAAACUAAAACAAUGCAAAGCACAUUGUAACCAAUGUUAGUCUAUUUGGUCAUGUGAUCACGUGAAAUUGUAAUUAGGCUUAAAAUUUGAUGAGCAAAAAUUUUUAUUGCAUCAAAUUAUUUUAAUAAUCAUAAAUUUCAAUAACCUUAAAGUCUGAUAAUUUAAAAUUAAUCAUCAUCAUCAUCAUCAUCGUUUAAUGUCCGCUUUCCAUGUUAGCAUGGGUUGGACGAUUUGACUGAGGACUGGUGAAACCGGAUGGCUACACCAGGCUCCAAUCUGAUUUGGCAGAGUUUCUACAGCUCGAUGCCAACCACUCACCUUUGAUAAUAUUAAAUCAUUCUUUUGUCCUCAUCUUGGUUUCAGCCAGAUUCUGUGACCAUCCUGGAAGAAUAAUAAUAAUAAUAAUAAUAAUCCUUUUUACUAAAGGCACAAGGCCUGAAAGUUUGGGGGAGGGAUUAAGUUGAUUACAUCAACCUCAGUGUUUCACCAGUAAUUAAUUUACCAAACCCCAAAAGGAUGAAAGACAAAGUCAACCUCGGUCAGAAUUUGAACUCAGAAUGUGAAGACGGACAAAACACCGCUAAGCAUUUUGCCUGGCUUGCUAACAAUUCUGCCAGCUCACUGCCUUAAUAAUAAUAAUAAUAA